ACUUAGGUUAGAUUAGUCUAAUGGAUCAAUAUUCUCUUAAGUAUCAAAACUACGACAGUUAUUUCAAGAGCCUGCAAUAUGAGGUUAAGUCUAUUAAGGCCUUAACAUACAAAAUAUUGGAGCAGGUACAGGAAAAGCACCCUGUAUUGUAUCACAUCCAGAAUCGUACAUUUGGAAUCAUUACUUCUUCUUUGUCACCAGAAGCACAAAUCAGCGAAGAAUUGUACGGAGGAAUACAUCACUUUCUAGUGACACUAACCGAUUAUCUCAUCAAUAAGUGUGGUCUUCAUCUACAGUUCUCUUUGCCAGCUGUUGUUAGUGUGCCCCAGUUCUCUUCACUCCCAGUGUAUGUUCCUUGCUCUGGAAGAGAUUGGAGGCUGUUUUUGAAACAAAUUACCCUAAGAAACCUGUGAAUAUUCAACUGUCAUCCAACAGUGAUGAUAGGAUGUCAUCAUAUAAAAGCACUCAGACAGACAUCAGCUGUUUGACGUAUUGCGAGAGCUGCC